UUCAUGCAGUUGAGCAUGUACCAGAAAUGGUGAUGCCAAUAGUAUAGUGGCGACUUGAACAACAACUUAAUUAUAAUGACGGAAGUAUUUUUUAUGACAGAUAAAGAAUCGUGAUGAUUUCGAAUGUUGUCCACAUCCCCUAAUUAUCAAAUGAGAAAUAGAAGAAAGGGCGGCAGAUGUGGGUGGUGGUGGCUUAUCUCGUGUAUUUGUACUCCUAUCCUGAUGGUGGCGAUAAUGUCAACUGCCGCGCCAUGAACUGCUCUACUUCGAACGGCGGUAAUGUUUGAAUAGAUGGGCGUGAACAAUUGAUGUACAGUAGCUGUGUCAAGUUUUGCACCAUAUGAUUUUAGUUAAUCGAAAUAUAUUUGAUUGUCCGUGCGUGGUAAAAUUGCAAAUGGAGCAAGAAACGAAUGCUAAGACACUAACUGGAAGUUCGCCUGAUCAGGCUGAAAAGAAGAACGUCGUGUCAGACUUUCUUGUUGUUGAUUUGGAAUCGUUUGUCAAAGCGGAAGACCGGGACGCCUUUGGAAGUUCUGAAGCCGGGCAUAUUAAUCGGGAAGUGACUCAAGCUCUGUUCCAAAAUGAAGGUCGAGAGAGUGAUGAGGCUGGAAGUAAUGGUGAAGAUGAAGACAGUGGCACAAACCACUUCAACGUGGAAAAGACAGGGACGCAGCUUCAGCGAUCCGAGCGCAGUGGAGGAAGUCAUUCAAGUUUGCCAGACACUUUUCAGACAGGCCGCCUUCUGUUUUAUGAGAGAUUCAAAGCCUACCAGGACUACAUCCUUGGUGACUGCAAGCCCUCAGAAGUCAAGACCUUCAUAGCUGAUUACUUGAAGAAAGUCGUGUUGUCAUCUGGUUGGCAAGCUGUCUGGGCCACUGAUUUAUUCGAUGUCCUGGUGGAGGUUCAUGAUGCAGACCUGAGUGAUCUAAAAGCUUUUGUGAAGCUUGUGCUUCCUUUAAAAUGUGAGGCGAGAGGAUGUGAAGUCAACGAGGAAACCAUGGCUGCUCUGCUGGAGGCAACUCAGCACAAAGUGCCCCUAAUUGAACUUCAGGUGGUGUAUGAUGAGUCUGGGGACUUUGACCAGACCGCCCUAGGUCUUGAGCACCUCAGAUUUUUCUACAAGCAUGUCUGGAGGCGUUGGGAUGAAGAAGAUGAGGAUGAUGAUUUUGACUAUUUUGUCCGUUGUGUUGAGCCUCGUCUAAGACUUCACUAUGACAUUUUAGAGGAAAGAGUUCCAGCAGGUCUUGUGUCAGAAUAUAAGACGGUACUGGAAAACUGCGAACAAUGCUUCCAGGAGUUUUCGGUGCUGCGCAGCAGCCUAGGCAAUGAUUCAGACUCUGAGCUGGAUAAUGUUUCAAUGGUGGAGGGCCUGAAGCUCAAUGACCAGUUGGAAACAUUCAAACGCAAGUUGAACAUCAUUGAGAAUCCAUUGUUAAGGUAUGUGCUUGGCUACAAAGGUAAUGCUCGUCACCAGUUCAUCCAAAGUCGUGGGCAAAGAGAAUCGGGCAUCAAGGUGGCCCAUGUGGUCACAGCAUCCUGCACGACCAAUCAGCUCCUCUCCCUCCUCAAUGACAGGCUUCUAUCUCACUUUUCGUCAGAAGACACUGAAAUCCAAUUCCAUAGCGACCCUGUUUCAGCGGUGGAUUCAUGCCAUCAGGGUGACAUGGUCUUUGUCCUCCCAGGAGUGUAUAGUGUUACCAGCUGCAUCUUCCUUCCGGACUCCAUCACUAUAGAGGGAUUUGGGCUCCCUGAUGAUGUGGUGAUUGAGAAGAAACACAGUGGGGACUCUUUCAUUGAGUCCACAGGAGCUGAUGUCCAAAUUUCCAACAUCAAAUUCAUUCAGAAUGAAGCUAUUGAGGGUAUUUUAUGUGUGCGAAAGGGCUACCUGUCCAUGGAAAAUUGUGUGCUCCAGUGUGAGACGGCUGGUGUUGUUGUCCAAACAUCUGCUCAGCUCAGUAUGAAAAUGUGUGAUCUAUAUGGAUCCAAGGGGGCCGGUAUUGAGAUUUCACGUAGCAGUGUUUGCACUCUGGUUGGCAAUGGCAUUCACCACUGCAAGGAUGGCAUUCUCAUCAAGGACUUUGCAGAUGAGGUGAAUGCGAUCCCUUCAAUUACCAUGGAAAACAAUGUGAUUCACAACAACGAGGGUUAUGGCGUGAUUCUUGUGAAACCCUCGCACCGUCAAGACAGGAAUGUUACGCUUGACAAAUGCGUUUACAAAGAUGAUGGCACCGGACACCCAGUUGCCGCACCAAGCCAGACGACAAACUUGGAUGUUCCACCCGAGUUGACAGAGAACAGUCAUCACACAGAAUCAGCCAGGAAAUGGCACACAUCAUGUAGUGUAAGUCUGCAAGACCUGAUUUCUCACCAGGUAUUUGUCUCUAUCCAUGGCAACCAGUUCAGACGCAAUGGCAUUGGCGACUUUGGCACAUUUUUAUACUAACAAAUCCACAUAAUAAAAAUAUUAAUGCACCUAAUAACUUUUACCUAUUAGGAUUUAUCUUUUUAGAAGAUUGACUGUUUAAUGGUCAAUUCAAACGUUUAAAUCUGUAAAAGAAAAAUGUAUCUAAACAAGGUUGAGCUCUGCCAAGACCAGUGUAAAACAUAUACCGGUGAGCCCCGGUUUACCGUUUUGUGGUUAUGGACGUGUUCCCAUAAAUUAAAUAAAAAUGUUAUUUUGGUCUGCAAGCACAAGACUCACUUACCGAAUAAGGUGGAAGACUAUGUAAGGGUGAAGAUGGUAUUAUAAUAUCUACUCGGAUGCUGGAAGGAUGACAAGGACAUGCUCCAUCAACAACCUCUGUAAUGCGAUCCUCGUCUUACGCACGCACACAUACACACACAGGACACAUGUCACAAAACAGUUGAAAAUCACAAAACCCUUUUACACAGCACUUCACUCCCAGGUCCCUACAGGAUCUUUGAGCAUGUGAAAAAAUCUGCUCUUUUGUAAGCAACAGUAAUGACUUAGCAUGUAAUGUUUUUUUGUUCUUUUUUUGGUUUACUGUUACAUUUAUUUCAUGUAUUAAGUGUUUUUAUUACUGUUUUAUUUCCAUCCUGUCUUACAUGUGCAGUGGAACUGAUUUAAGUGUUAAUUCGGGUAUAUGUUUCGACUUACAAUGGGUCAUAGGUCUUGUAAACCAAGGACCACCUGUAUAUGAAUGUUCAAAUAUGAACACAUCUAUAAAGAUAUUUUAUUAAUAUAAUAAAAUAAGUGUCUGUCUGAUAGGGGAAAUAAAUGUAUUCUUUUGCACUGCUAUUUACUCACUGACU